GAGAAGUUGCAGACUUCCAAAUAGCGGGAGGACCAGAAGUUUUCCUCCUUGCCAUACACCCUGUCACAGCUGGAGGGUUUUUUUCACCCUGCUUCGCAAAGUUACUCCGUCUGUGAAGGGACGGUUUCGCUCUUUUGUCGCUGCUAAAGAAGAUGUGUGUAGUUAGAAAAUGUGUGUGUGAAGAAAUGAGUUCCCACUGCAGUAGUCGGUUCUAAGGAAACUUUAAAUUUUGUGCUUCAAGAAACCUGAUUACUUCUUGGAUUGCUUUUCUACCUUGGUUUAGAAGUCCUGCUGAAGCCACAGCAACAGCAAGAAGGCAGGUGAAGCUGGAAUAAAGAGCCCUUCCUGAGUGUGAUCCCUUUCUGGUAACUUGAGGAAAAUGGAAACAGACGAGGCUCAAGAUAUGUCCCAGGUUUCAGGAAAGGAAAGUCCUCCAACCAGUGAUGUCCCUGAUGAUCCAGAUGAACCUAUGCCUAUACCAGAGGACCUUUCAACUAGUAGUGGAGGUCAGCAGAGUUCUAAGAAUGACAGGAUCUUGGCUGCCUAUUUCUCUGUCCUUCGAAAGCCACCCUCUACGUCCAGCUUCCCAGAAGCUGCAUACGGGGCGGAAGGCUUUAGGGACUUUCAUGCAAUAAUUCCCAAAUCUUUUUCCACCGGUAAUAUAAAAAUAGAAACUCAGAGUGAUGAAGAGAAUGGGCGUGCCUGUGAAUUGAAUGGGGAAGAAUGUGCAGAGGAUUUACGAAUGCUUGAUGCCGCAGGAGAGAAAAUGAAUGGCUCACACAAUGGCUCAGGCAGCAAAGCUUUGUCAGGAGUUGGAGGCAUUCGACUUCCUAAUGGAAAGCUAAAAUGUGAUAUCUGUGGGAUAAUUUGCAUCGGUCCCAAUGUGCUCAUGGUUCACAAACGAAGCCACACUGGAGAACGCCCUUUCCAGUGCAAUCAGUGUGGAGCCUCUUUUACGCAGAAGGGCAACCUUCUGCGCCACAUAAAGCUGCACUCAGGUGAAAAGCCCUUCAAGUGUCACCUGUGUAACUAUGCUUGCCGCCGCAGGGAUGCCCUCACGGGACACCUGAGGACUCACUCAGUUGGCAAGCCCCAUAAGUGUGGAUACUGUGGUCGCAGUUACAAACAGCGCAGCUCUUUGGAAGAACAUAAAGAACGUUGUCAUAACUACCUUCAAACCAUGAAUCUCUCAAGCAGCAUCUAUCCAGUCAUAAAAGACGAAAGUAACCAGUGUGAAAUGGCUGAAGACCUGUGCAAGAUAGGGUCAGAAAGAGCCCUCGUACUGGAUAGACUAGCAAGUAACGUCGCCAAACGUAAGAGCUCUAUGCCUCAGAAAUUUGUUGGUGACAAAUGUUUGCCCGAUCUUCCAUAUGAUGCCAGCAUCAACUACGAGAAGGAGAAUGAACUCAUGCAGACACACGUGAUUGACCAGGCCAUCAACAAUGCCAUCAGUUACCUGGGGGCAGAGUCCCUGCGUCCCCUUGUCCAGACACCGCCAAGUGGCUCUGAGGUGGUGCCUGUCAUCAGCCCCAUGUAUCAGCUCCACAAACCUCUCGGGGACAGUCAGAUUCGCUCCAACCUCCCUCAGGACAGCACAGUGGAAAACUUGUUGCUGCUUUCCAAAGCCAAGUCUGUCUCCUCUGAACGAGAUGUCUCUCCCAGCAACAGCUGCCAAGACUCAACAGAUACAGAGAGCAAUAAUGAGGAGCGCAGUGGGUUGAUCUACCUGACAAACCAUAUAGGUGCUCAUGCAAGAAAUGGCAUCUCUAUAAAAGAAGAAAACAGGCAAUAUGAUGUCUUGAGAGCAGGUAGUGACAAUUCCCAGGAUGCCUUCAAAGUGAUCAGCAGCAAUGGGGAGCAAGUAAGGGUUUACAAGUGUGAACACUGUCGAGUCCUUUUCUUGGAUCACGUGAUGUAUACAAUCCAUAUGGGUUGCCAUGGGUUCCGUGAUCCUUUUGAAUGCAACAUGUGUGGCUACCACAGCCAGGACAGGUAUGAAUUCUCUUCCCACAUAACUCGAGGGGAGCACCGUUUCCACAUGGGUUAAGACACUGGCCUCAACACACACACAUUGAGCCUCAACAGCUGCAUUACUGGAGCUGCAUGAGCUAUGACAGAAAUAAAGCAAAAGUCAGCUGGACAGUAAAAAUCACAAGAGAAUCAGAAGUUCAGCAAUGUUCUCCCACAAGAACAGGGAUUUCAUUUUGGUAGCAUGCAUUGCAACUCAGUUUUCUAAAAUGAGUUUUUACUGAAAAUGUUUGAUCACCAAAAACCUUUAGUAAUGUAAGUAGGAGCUUUUGUAGUCACAUUGCUGAAAGCCUUUCCCUGAACUGAUGCUUCUUGCAAGCCCCCCUUGCCAGAACUCUUAACCACGCGCAGGAUGCUCUACACAACGAGGACACAACAGGCAGCAGUGGCCAGGCUUUCUCUCUUAACACCCUGAGCAUAGGGCUCUUCUACCAGAUGUGUGUUUUUUUGACUUCUGGUAUUAUUUGACUGUUUUGAGAAGAUUGAACUCAACUAAAGAUGGAGGGACCCAUCUCAGAUGACAUCAUGGACAGCUGGGGUGGGAUGGGACCACCCCCAGCCAGAAGGUUGUGAGUUGCUUUGGUGGUAAGAAGUAGAACAUUUCCACCUGGAAGGGUGCUACUGGUAUUUACAUCACAACAUGCCUUGUUUGUGUCACUAGGCAGACAAACAGGAAUGCAAAAGAUAGAAGAAACACCUUUGUAAUAUACUCUGUGAAGUAUGAAUUGCAUUUAAUGUAUAGAAAAAGAGUAUUGUUGGCUCUUUUUGAAUAAAUAUUUUCUCUUCCUAUACAAUAAACCCCCACUUUUUGUUAAGCAACCCCUCCUUUCUCUGCAUAUAAAAGCUAAAAUGUAUUUAAUUUUUCUUUAAAGUUUUAGUUAUUUAGAAAAGUAUGAUGUACAGUUGAGAAAGUAGAUAGGUAUAUGUGUGGAGAGUCUUCUAAAGCACAUUUUUCAUCUUUUUAAACUGUCUGGGAAAUAUCCAAAUGUCCUUCUCUUAGAUAUAAAAAAAAUCCCAUUUUGCUUGCACAGAAGAUGUCCUCUUGUAAAUUUUGUGGCUCUACUCAUAAGUGUUGCACUUGAUUAUUUUUAAAACACUGAGAUUAAUUAAACCAGCCAGUCAAAAUUU